AUGCCAUCCAACGCCACGGCGUCGUCUAGCUCAUACUCGUCAGCCGGCCAGGGAAUCGAAGGUGGCUAUGAGGGUGAUAGCUUGACCCUCAAGGUCCUGAUCGCCUUCUUCCUCGGCCUCGCCUUGUACAAUGUGGUCGAACUGCAAGUUCUCAUCUUCGGCACAUUCGCCAAGUUCAAGGGCUUGUAUUUCUGGAGCUUGGUCAUCUCCGGCUGGGGCAUUAUUCCCUACUGCGUCGGGUUCCUCUUCAAGUACUUCUCGAUCCUGACCGGCGGCGCACGAUGGUUCUCGGUUUUCCUGCUCUCCAUCGGAUGGUAUCCCAUGGUGACAGGCCAAGCAAUUGUGCUCUGGUCGCGCCUCCAUCUCAUUGUCAGCGGCGACAAAGGCGAGAAGAUUCUCCGCUACACCAAGUGGAUGAUUAUCGUCAAUGCUAUUGUCCUCCACAUUCCGACGACUGUCCUCACUAUCGGCUCCAACACCGACAGCCAUCCACAAGCCUAUGUCAGUGGAUACAACGUGAUGGAGAAAGUACAGAUGUGUGGCUUCUUCCUACAAGAGGUCAUCCUGUCGUCCAUCUACAUCGCCGAGACCAUCCGCAUCCUCCGCACUUCAGUCCAGGAUAGCACAAAGAGACUGAUGUAUCAACUCAUGGCCAUCAACAUAUUGAUCAUUGCCAUGGACUUGGGUCUCCUGGGUCUUGAAUGUGCUUCCCUGUACAUCCUUGAGACCAUCACAAAACCAGCCUUCUACUCGAUCAAGCUCAAAUUGGAGUUCGCCAUCCUCGGGAAACUAGUUCAUUUUGUGGGAGGGAGAAAAUCCUCACUUCCACUGACGAGAGAUGAGAAGCGCAAUCCUUCCGCCCUGAAUGGUGAACCCGACAUCUCCGACUUCGUUGACUUGACCAAAAUCAACACCGACGUGACAAGGACUUCGCAACCGAAACGAUCAAGUACACGAAGCAGGGCUGAUGCUCGAGACAUCGACCUCGAUCUGGAGAUUGCAAGGCUUGAGCAUGUCGAGACGCUGCCGUCUCAGACGGGGAUGCGGAAUGGUGAUAUUGCACCUAUGCGACAACGAAAACUCGAGACUUUGGAGCAGAACUACAAGGACGGUUGA